ACCCGGAGGUCCCUGGAAUCCCUGCCAGGAACCCUUCCAGCCCGCCGGUCUCCAGCAGGCUUUCCAAAGAUGCAAAACAACCGAUCACGAGGGCGUCUAGCCUGGCGCGCUCGGCAGACCCUCGAGGCCGGGCUCCCACCCAGAACACACAAGGCGCAGAGCAGACGGGCUGGGUGGAGGGGCCGCCCUUUUCUCCUCCAGUCACCAAGGCAGCGGGAACCAAAGAAACGAAACCAAAACCUGCCCGCUCCGCCCAGACCCCGCCGCGCUCGCCCCGCUAGAUUGCAGACUUCCCGCUGGUCGCCCGGGCCGCGACUCUUUCCGCAAUGGCAUCUAUUUCGAAGGUCAAGGAAUUCAAAGCUUCUGAAAGGACUGUUGUAGUUGCUGGCCUCCCAGUUGGCUGUUUUAGUGAUCAUUCAUUGGCCACAUUGGUGAAGAGUCACUUCCAAGAUGUCAAGAAUGAGGGUGGAGAUGUUGAAGAUGUGAUAUAUCCAACAAAAACCAAGGGAGUUGCAUAUGUAAUAUUCAAAGAAAAGAAAGUUGCAGAGAAUGUAAUCAAACAAAAGAAACACUAUCUAGUGAAGAAUGCUGGAUAUGCUCGACUCACAGUCUCUCAUGUUAGUGAAAAGGUAUUUAGCUCUGUAACUGCUGUUCUUGAUCUUUCCAUAUUUUGGAGUCAAGUUAUUCUGGAAAGCCUAGUAAAGGACCUGAAAAAGAAAAUUCCAACUUUAAGCUUCAGUCGUUUGGAACACAAUGGGAGAAUCUCUGUGAAAGGAUCAUUUCUGGCUAUCAAGAAGCUCAAAGAAACUUUGCAACUGAAAGCAAAUUCUCUUUUAGAAAAAAACAGGAAUUGUAUCAGUGAGGAGAGAGAGUGGAAUAGACAAAGUCUCCAAAGGGGUGCACAAAGAAGGAGCAAUGCUUCGGAGUCGCUCAGGGCCUUGACACCUGAAACUGCAGAAUGCGAAGAAAUGCUUGUGCUCGACACAGAUGUUUUCUCUUACCUGAAACAGAAGUGUGGGUUUUAUGAAGACACGCUGCACAAAUUUCACAUCCUAAGUCAGGAGAGGGCGGAUGGUGAAAUCACCACCGUUUGUCUGAAAAAUGCACAAGCUGGUUCUCAGCCACACAAUGUGAAACACGUGAAAGAGCUCCUUGAGGAAUGGGCUCGUGCUCUUCACUUUGAGCUUAGAAAAGAGACAUUUAUUUUGGGAGGAAAGGGAGAGAAAGAGAAAAGAAAUAUUGAACAGGCGUGUAAACAAGUAAGUUCGAGAUACCUUAGGGUUCUUGUUAGCAUUUAUCGGACACACAUUGACAUUAUAGGAUCUUCUUCUGACACUUACCAGUUUAAAAAAGAGGUCAUGAAAUUAGUGGGGCAAAAGGUAAGCUAAAAUGUCAGCUCUAGUGAUGGUAAUGGCUGCUUUUUCUUACUGAGCAGUGGCUACACCUUACACACAAUCUCAUUUAAUCCGUGUGACUAUCCUUUAUUGUUGUUACCAUCCUCAUGCUACAGAGGAGAAAAGUAGGAUUUGGAGAAGUUAAAGCAUUUGACUGAAGUUAUCUAACUGGGCUUUAACCCAGUCUAUCUGAUUACAAAGAUAGUAUCUAAAGGGAGUAGCAGAUGGCGUAAUGGUUAUGUUGCUUGCUGGACUCCCACAUGAUCAACCGUGGUUCAAGUCCCAGACCUGGUAGCUUGAAACCCACACCAGGCAUGUGCGCAUGUGUG